UGACAGUUGACAGUUUCAUCUUACAAAACUUGUUUGUUUACCAAUUUCAGGAUUCGUACAGUUAAAACAUUAAUUUAAUUCGUUAAUAUAACAAUGGAUGACGAUGAUUAUUGGAACACAAGUGAAACAAAAGCCAAGGCUUUCAGUUUUGAUGAUGACGUGCUCUCAACGCAAGAGAUUCUGGCUAUCGGUCAGAAGUCCUAUGCAUCACCAGGACAGAGUGAGGAGAGCCUCUUCAACAACAUCAGCAUAUCCACUGUCCAGUCAGCGGCCAUACCACUGAACAGUCUUGUGUCUUCUAAGGUUUUAGAUCUGAUCCUCCUAGCCCAAUCAGGCAAAGACCCCUCAAAGGAGACUAAAUACGAACCAGAGCAGACGGUAGCUAUGACCCUCAAGCGACUGACUCUUGGCCGCAGCUGUUCCCUACAUGUACACCGCAGUAUGAAGAGUAAGACGGAGUUGCUAGACGGAGCACUGGCUAUUGGAGAUGGGAAUGCUGUGUUGACUGUGGUCCUAUUCCUCAUCCAGACUUUGAACAAGAAGCUAGUUUAUGAGCUGCUCUCUUCAAGACCAGUGGCCCUAAACCAUUACAUAGCCUUCCUACAAAAUGAGGGGAAGAUAUCUGAACUUACCGAUUUGUUAACGAUGUUGGGACGUAGCCCUGACGCUGCUAUGUACCAAUACCAACACACGGUGAAGACACAGGGCAACAAUGUGGAUGUGUUGCUGAGGAAGUUGGGCAACUUGUUGGCCAACCACUUCAACCAGCCCGGUGUCGACCAACACCAGGCCAAGAUGAUUGCAGAUUACGUCAAGUUGUUAGAAUGGCAGAAACACGUGAACAAGCCGGAGUUGCAGUACAGGUCGGUGAUCGAGUGGCUGGCGUACAACUGCGCGCACCACUGGCACGAGGGGGCCGGGAACGCCAUGUCGCCGCUCACUCUGUGUCAGCGACAUCAGAUUACCCCUCUGCAAUACGACUGGGUUGUGCUGAAUGUGCACGCGAAAUCCGGCAAAUGGGACAUCGUGGAAUCGCUAUUCACUAAAAAGGACUGGUUCGGCCGUACGACGAUAUCGUCGAACAUCCCGAUGGAGACGCUCCUGUCCCGCCUGAGCCAGCUGCAGGCCAGCAAGCAACUCCUCGCCACCUGCCUCAACAAGGUCGCCAGCAGUGACGACCGGCUGCGGCUCGCGCAUAUGUAUAAGAUCCACGCCGUGGUUAUAGAAACCCUGGCGAAGCAGAAGGAUAGGACGGCGCUCACCAACUACAAGAUGACCUUGAACCCUCAAUCAGAAGAAUACAUCCUCGCUGAGAACACUCUCAGAGAUAAUUCAAUAAAAUGGAAGAAUUGAGUCAUCAAGUUUAAACAUUCCAGGAUCCAGAGAAAAUCUUCAUGACAUUGUAUUUAGAUUUUUUAUCUUUUUAUAAUAGACUAGUUUCAAGGUGUUUUUCCACCAGAAAUGUGCUAUGUAGCUAUGCUACAAAGAUGUAAUAGCUAAGCUGUGAAACUAUGUGACCGUUUCUACUGAAGUAUGUAGCUGUGCGAGGAAAAUGCGCAUGCGCAUGAGUAUGCGAUGUAUCGAUAGUAGGGAAGCCAUCUAUAGCACGCAACUUUCUAUAUAAAUAACGUAGCUUAGCAGAAGUUUCCACCAGUGCUAAGCUAUGUGUAACAAUGAAUAUGAUUGUUGGAAACCAAACGCAUCCACAGCAACGUAGCAUAGCACAUCUCUGGUGGAAAAGCACCUUACGUGAAUUAUCCCAUGUUUGUAUUGUACAUUUCUCAUAAAAUAUUUUUUACUUAUGAAAACUCUUAAUGUUACUUUUUAAGAUAUUAUUUAUUGUUAAAACAUUUUUUUAUAAUUAUGAACAUAAUAUUGUAUUCAAUAAAUGUAAGUAUAGGUAUAUAAUCAAAUAAAUCUUAUUUAUUUU